CGUUGACACAAAAUUUGAAACAAAAUUAACGGCCAAAAUCUUGUCUGUAAAAACCGUCAACCCCUCCUCUUCUUUCGGAUUCAAACCGAGAUUUAACGUACAAAUCCACCCAUUCUUUCAGAACUGUGAUUAUAAUCGUAGAAUCGAGGCGUGCGGUGGGGUUCAUUCUCUUCCGAUCCCACCCACCUCUCUCUCUCUCAUAUCGCAUCUUGUUCUUCGUUUUCUUGUAAUAGAAAACGUAGAUCUACGUGAAAUCUAAUCGACCAGACAACAUGGGUCGGCUGAGAUUAUCGUUGCCGGUCCUCGAGAUAAACGUAAUCUCGGCACAGGAUCUUGCCAGCGUGUCCCGUAACAUGAAGACGUACGCUGUCGCAUGGAUCAAUACCGACCCGAUGCGCAAGCUCACGACCCCCGUGGACCAAACCAACAGAGCGAACCCUAUCUGGAACGAGAAGUUCGUCUUUCGGGUCAACGACAAGAUCCUCAAGGUCGACGCCUCCGCCAUUGUCAUCGAGAUUUACGCCGCGGCUUGGGCCAAGGACGCUUUGGUCGGAUCCGUUAACGUCCUACUCAGCGACCUCUUCGCUCCGUGGUCGGGCUUUGCCGACGGCGAUGGCGGAGGAAACAACAAGCCCCUCCACAUCCGCCGUCCCUCCGGCCGGCUUCAAGGCUUCCUCCGCCUCGGCGUCGCUCUCCUCGAUGGAAUGCAGCGGAGCAUGCCGCUUUCCGUCGAGGUUUUCAACGGCAGUAACCACCGUGAUAAGACAAUGGACGACAUCGGCACCAACGUUGUCGGAGGAGGGAUCCUCCGUCGUACGCACAGCGAUCAGACGGAUCUCACGACGUCGACGGCAGAUGACGUGUACGGUCUGAAAACGGGGGUGGUCAACCGCGGAGGAAGAGGUAACGGUAACGGCCAUGGCGGAGGCGGAAUAGGGUACGGAGGUACGGACAGUAUGGUGAACGGUUCUGAUCUCUGUUGCUCGGAUAUCGGGCCGUCGGCGUCGGUGGUAGCGGCGGCGAUUGCUCAGGGACUAUACAACCGGCAAAAGCCUCCGGCCAACAAGGAGGACGCGAGCUCGAUCCUCGAAGGCACGACGGAGGGGGUGAAACACCGUUUAGAGCGAUGGAGGAGCGAGACGACGCCGAGCUAUGUCGAGAAGCGGUACAAGGAUGCGGAUUCCGGCGUUACGGCGGCCGGAAGCGAUUCGAGCGGGAAAACGGGUAGCCGGAAAAGAUGGAGGAGGAGGCGGAGGAGAAGGGACAAGCAGAGGCGGAGAGAAGAAGGCGACGAGGAGAGGAAGAAAGGGCUGUUUUCGUGUUUCGGCAACGUUUUCGGGUGCGAAAUCUCGAUAACAUGCGGCGGCGGAGGAGAUGGAGGGAGCUCGAAGAAGAAGUAUUCGAACAACAAAGUGGCGAAUCUCAGCUCUGUGGACGAAACCUUUAGCCAUUCUGCAACUUGAGAUAACAUUAUUAAGUGAUGAAGUCAUGCGGGGGCUAAAUUGAUAAUUGAAAAGUAUCGGACGAAAGUAUAAAUAAAAAUAAAUUCAUUUAUGAGACGUUGAAAAAGUAGCAUGUGAAAGUUAUUUCGAUUUUUUCUGUUAGAUUUAAUUCCACGUCAGAUACAUAGGCAGAAUGAAGACACAUACAUAUACGUUGGAUUUCUGAUUGUAUAUCAGUCUGUUUGUAUAUUCUUGGGCUUUACACAUACAUUCUUAUGACGUGUUUUGAAAGAAAUAAUACCCCCGUAUUCCACUA